GUUUGCUAAUGAUCAAUUCAGACCUAACAAACAUGGACACAGCUUUUUCAGGAGUGCUCGGUAUCUUAUCUCUUUCUUUUCUUCUUCUACUACCUCUUAUCUUCAUCAUCCUUAACCACAUCAGCUCUCCAUCUUCAGAACGAAGGCCUCUUCCUCCAGGUCCCAGGCAAUGGCCUAUCGUAGGCAACAUUCUUCAGGUGGGGAAAAAGCCUCAUGUCUCUCUUGCACACUUUGCGAAACUUCACGGUCCUCUUAUUUCUUUAAGGCUUGGCGCUCAAAUCGUUGUUGUUGCCUCUUCUCCAAUCGCAGCAUCUGAAAUUCUCAAAACCCAUGAUCGUUUAUUGUCUGCUAGAUUUAUAUCCGCAGCUAAUCCCUAUGGAGAUCAUGUCCUUGACCGCGUAGCACUUGUUUGGAACCCAUCGUGCAGUGACCAAUGGAAGCUCCUACGAGCUAUGUGCAGGAGUGAGCUUUUCUCAGCUAAAGCAAUUGAUUCACAAGACACUUUGACAGAGAAGAAAUUGACAGAAAUGUUGGAUUUUUUGACGAUCAAGCAAGGACAAGUAGUCAAUAUUGGAGAAGUUGUGUUUACUACUGUUUUCAACACAAUUUCCAAUCUUAUAUUCUCCAAGGACAUGCUUAGUUUUGGAGAUCAAGGGAACGCAGGUGGAUUGAAAACCUUGAUCACAAAAUUGAUGCAGUUAGCUACAGCUCCAAAUAUUGCUGACUUUUACCCUGUAUUGGCAAGGUUGGAUCCUCAAAAUAUGAGAAGAAAGAUGAAAAUUGGCUUUGAAAAAGUGCUUAAUGUAUGGCAAAUUUACAUCAAAGAAAGAAGAGAAAAUCAUGUCAAUGAUGCUCCGGAAACAGAUUUCUUGGAUGUUUUUCUUUCUACUGGAUUUGACGAUGAUCAAAUCAAUUGGUUGGUUCUUGAAUUGUUUGCUGCAGGGGUAGACACUACCACCACAACAGUAGAAUGGGCAAUGGCUGAGCUGCUUAAGAGCAGAGCAACCUUGGUGAAAGUUCAGCAAGAGCUUGAUAGAGAAGUCGACAAUAAAUCUAUAGAAGAAUCCCAUGUUCUUCAACUUCAAUAUCUAAACGCAUGCAUAAAAGAAACAUUCAGAUUACAUCCUCCUGCUCCAUUCCUUAUUCCACGUCGAGCUCUUAACACCUGUGAGGUGCUGAAUUACACAAUUCCAAAAAAUUCUCAAGUAGUAGUGAAUCUUUGGGCGAUUGGACGCGACUCCUCAUCCUGGGAAGAUCCAUUAUCAUUUAAACCUGAAAGAUUUCUCAACUCAAAUAUAGACUUUAAGGGUCAUCAUUUUCAGCUUUUACCUUUUGGUUCCGGAAGGAGGACUUGCCCAGGACUACCAAUGGCUACAAGACAACUUCCGCUGAUUUUAGCUUAUCUAAUACGUUGCUUUGAGUGGUCUCUUCCAAAUGAUCAGGACCCUGCAAUGUUAGACAUGAAUGACAAAUUCGGGAUAACGUUGGUCAAAGAUUCACCUCUUCUUCUUGUUCCCAAAAGAAAACUAUAAAUGUAACUGCAAGUUUAAGAAUGCCAUAAGUUGCAAAUCUGGUGUACCAAAUUCAUCUUUUUCUUUUCAAAACUUCAGAACUUUUGGAAGAAAUACGGGAACAUUUUCUAUGUUGGCUGGCAUAUGCUUCUAAAUACUUUCAGUCUGAAAAUUGUCCUAACUCUGGAUGUACUAUGAUAUGUUUGGGCUUUAGUAAUGUACUUGUUUAGCAGGCAAGUCUACCAGUUCUUAUGCA